UCGUGAAUUGUCCAGGUCACAUACUCGACGUGGCUAAUUUCCACGUGUGCGGGCAUUGCUACAAAGCAUUUCCAUUUUAGUGCGGAGAGUUUGCGCUUUUGAGCUUUUGUUGGUUCGGGGAGGCUUUGUGGUGAUAGUUCUAUUGCCGGCCUGUGUUGGUUUCGUUUCCGCAGAUUUUGAGUUUGAGUACGCUGAAUUGCGAGUAUCGUCGUGACGUCUCUCGAAUAACCUCUUGACGUUCGGAGGCUUUGUUCUCUUUGUGUGUUGCUUUAUCCUGAGCGAACAGAGCCGCCAAUUACGGGAAAUUCGUAGUGGACAUGAACCCUAACAGAAGGCGGCGAUGGAGCGACCAUCACAACUUCAGUAUGACAAGAACUGGGAUGCAGCCAUCGACCUUACAUUGAGACGCUUCGUCUAUGGUUCUCUCUCAGGGGCUGCAAGUGCAUUGCUUCUCUUCAGGAGUCCCACUACACGCUGGGCUGCUGUGGCAUUUGGAGCCGGCGCAGGCAUAGGAUCAGCUUUCACUGACUCAUCCAGGCUGUUUCAAAACUCGAUUGGGGGCAAUUUGCCGUUCAUUUCAUCACCAUCCUCAAGCCCCGCUAUUGUUGGCGAUGUUCAAUCCAGUUCUGUUAAUCCAGUUCCGGAGCCACCCAAGCAUAUCGAGGCGCCCAAGCUUGAGCGUUUUGAGGAGCCUCUUGUUCAAGAAGCCCAGAAUUCUUAAUUAGGAUUUAGGAUUAAAUUUUAAAGAUUGAAGUUUUCUGUCAGGCAAUUGUCCUGAGUUAUCUCCAUGCUAAUGCUAAGGUAUCUUGAUUCGUUGUAAGCAAUAAAAUUGAGUUCAUGAGAGCAGUAUGACAGGGAAGCUUUGGUUUACCAUCACCAGAAACACGAUUACGAUUGGUAGUAUUUUUUAGGUUGAUUUUGAGGAUGUUGGUCGAGAGUGUAGUUUUGAAUGAACUUUCCUACGACUUAAAGACCCUCUUGUAUAUCCCGUAAUUCCUGUCAUCAAUUACUUGUUGCCAAGUUA